CGCAUCGUAGCAGAACCCACCUUCCCACGGACAAUCUCACAAUCCCUAUAAUCCCAAACCACAACGUUGUUUCGCGUUCUCCGAUAAUUGUAAUCUAAGUUAUCUAACUCUCUCUCUCUCUCUCUCUCUGCUUCUCAGAAACUCCUAAAUGGAUUUCUUCAAAUCCGUAUUCUCCGACGACCCACCAGAUCCUCCUAGACCCGGAUUCACGUCCGAAUCUCCCCAAAACAACCAAAAACAAGGCGACCCAGAUCCGAAUUCCCCGCAGAACCCGAACCCAAGUUCACCCACUGUUGUAGGUGGUGGUGGUGGUGGGUGGAGCUUCGGUGGUCUGGUAAAAACCCUGACGGCCAAGUCCGAGUCCGUCAUCGAGACGUACCGUCGAGACCUCAGGGAAUUCGGGUCGGGCCUGAAGAAAGAGAUCGAGGUGGCCCACGGGUCCUUGGAGAAUGUCAGCCACGCCAUCGACGAGUUGGGGAGCUCCGUGAUGAAGGGGACGGCCCAAAUCAUCUCCCAAGGUAAGGACGCUAUUCUAUCCGAUGAUCUCGAAUCCGAUUCCGAUAACAACCCGAGUUAUUCUAGUACCCAACAGAGCUUGAAUUCGAAACCGUAUAGUAGGUUUGAGGCUCAGCUUCGUGCGAUUCAGGGUGAGGAGGGGACCUACUGUGAGGAACCUGAGGAUUUGGAUGAUUACAAUAGGUGGAAAUCAGGCUUUGAUUUGGAAGAGAAGGGUGAGGAAAAUGAGGGUUUGCUUGAAGAAAAUGGGGCUAUGAUGAGUGUAUACAAAAGGGUUGUUCCCAAUAGCGUGGACAAUGAGACAUUCUGGUGUAGGUAUUUCUAUAGGGUUUAUAAGCUCAAGCAAGCUCAGGAUGUGAGGACUAAUCUUGUGAAGCGCGCGAUUUCGAGGGAGGAGGAGGAGUUGAGUUGGGAUGUUGAUGAUGAUGAUGAUGAUGCUGAGGAGGAGGAGGAGGAGAGCGAUGUGGCGUUGAAGGCGGAAAUGUCAAAGAGUAGGGAGGUGGGCGAUGAAGAUUUUGGGAGAAUUGAGAAGGAUGGGGAGUCGGCUGUUGAGGUUGGGAGGAAGAGUUUGGUUGUGGAAGAGAUGGGCAAUGCUGGUGGAGAGGGUAAUGUAGGGUUGAAAGCUGGACAGAAUAGGGAGUUGGGUGGCAAAGAUGGUGAGAAAAUUGUGAACGAGGAGAGUUCUGUUAAGGAAUCGCAAGGUGGGGUGGGAGAGAAGAGUUAUAAUGUGGAGGAGGGAAGGAAGGUAAGUGUCGGGGAAUCAAGCGGUGAUAAGGAGUCUGAUGAUGAGAAAAUGGGUUCCAAAGGGGAUGCUGAGGUGAAUAAGGAUUUGGUAUCUAAAUCUGAUGAGAAGCUGGGUUCGGAAGGGAAGGCUGACUCGGGUGAGUCUUGUAAAGGUAGUGACUUUUCAGUGGUUUCAACUCAGCCCUCGAUGCCUGAGGAGGAUGACCUCGGGUGGGAUGAGAUUGAGGAUCUUAGCAGCAUUGAUGAAAAGAAGGCGAGUCAGGAGGGUGGGAGCCCCAACAGAGCUGAGGUGCGGAAGCGGCUGAGUGCUGCAGAUGAAGAGGAAGAAGAAGACUUGAGUUGGGAUAUUGAAGAUGAUGAUGAGCCUGCUAAAGCUUGAUACAACUUAAAGUUUCUUGUUUAUCGUUCUUAUAAAUAUAUCCCACUUGCCAUUCUGCUAUAUUUUCCUCCAUUUAUUAUGUUUCUGGAAGUCUGAUAUAGGUUGGGAAUUAGUUUUUUUCCUUUUCUUCUUUAGUUGGUUCAAAUGAAAUCUGUAUCUUAAAUGUGUAUGAAGUUGAAGCAACAGUGUCCAUAAUGAUAUUCCUGUUCAUUCUUGUGUAUCUCUGAUGGUGUAAGGGGAAUUCUGAUGCAAGCAUUGUUCAGAUUGAAUCUGUGACUAUGAUAAUCACUUCACAUGAGGUGCUUUCUCCUAA